GCGCCUGGAGAUGUCGUCACUUCUGCGCGCUCGUGCAGUUCCCGGGUUUUGAGCGCGAGCUCUUGCUCCUGCUCCCGCCAGCCUUCCCGGAGCAGCUAUGGCCGAAGCGGAGACCGAGGAGAGCGGCGAAGACGGCGACAUCUUCCGGGAGCCGUUGUCCUCAUCUCCGGGCCGGACCGCCGUCGGCGUCCCCCCGGCGGGAAGUGUGGAAGCGGCCCCAGUGCUGUGGGGAGAGGCCGAGUCCCUGCAGCCCGCCUGCUUCUCUCCCGCAGCUCCCCUCGCGCCCGAGGACCUCCAGCGGGUUCUGGAGCAAGUGAGGAAAGCGCCACCGCCUCCCCCGCCCCCGCCCCCGCCGCCGCCGCCGCCGCCUCCCCCAAGACCCCCCGGAACUGCGGGCCUCGGGCCCCGCGGGGGCUGCGGCUUCGGCGUUGUGCACGAUGCGGCCCGACGGCUGCAAGACGCGGCCCAGCAGGUAGCUCAGCGCUGGGGUCCCGACCUCCCGCCGCCGCCGCCUCGGCUUCUGCAGCCCAAGGAACUUGAAGCCAUUCGUGUCAAGGUAAAAUCUGGAGAAAGGCCCAUGCCACCUCUUGCAGCAAUCCGGCCCAAAACGAUAACUUUGAGUCAGCCAUUCAAUGGAAAUACAGAUUUAUUAGGAUUAAGUAUUGUUAAUCCUUCGAUUAUUCGGAUACAGCCUCUUAUGAGAACUGAACAACAGACUUUGGUAAAUACUGUACCUCCACCUCCUCUUCAACUUCUUGUACAGAGACCACUGCCUCCUCUUGGACCAGUUUCUGUGGAGAAGUUUAUGGGACACAAAGUGCUUAAUGGACAGAGAACCACAUUUGUUCCUUUGUCUGCCUCUAACACUUCCACAAUUCCAUCAGCAGCAGUUACAUCCAAUUCAGCAAGUUUACUUAUUUCCACACCUGAGAAUGAGUGCACUGAGAAGAUCAAAAAAUCUGUAAAAGUAAAAACCCGUUCAGGGCGAAUUUCACGACCACCAAAAUAUAAAGCUAAAGAUUACAAGUUCAUCAAAACUGAAGAUUUAGCUGAUGGGCACCAGUCAGAUUCUGAUGACUAUUCAGAACUUAAUGUGGAAGAGGAAGAUGACAAAAAGGGGAAAGAUACAUUAUUUAAUUCUUCAAGUGAUUACUUGAAGCCUAAAACUUUUAAAUGUCAGACUUGUGAAAAGUCAUAUAUAGGACAAGGAGGACUAGCACGACAUUAUAAGCUUAAUCCAGGUCACGGGCAACUGGAACCUAAAGUAUUGAUAUCUAAUAAGCCUGAUGGAAGUGGAGAAGUAGGAGGUGCCACUAGAAAUAAAAUGACUCCUGAACCAUCAAUCCCAGCUGCUUUAAAUAGUGAAAGUACACUGGCUCCAUGCAUGGCAGAGCAAGAUUCAACAUGGAACGGGCAACAGAACUGUGAUUCUAAAGAAAUUGGGACAUUACUGGAGUCAGACCAAAAAAAUGGAUUUCGCUUAGCAUGUUGGGGAUCCAGGAGGACCAGAGGAUCGAAAAGAAGAAAGCUAAAGGCGUCAGCAAAGUCAGGUUGUUCAGGCAAACACAGCAAUUCAGUUCAACUUACUUCAUGCACAGGUGUAGCCGUAGAACAAAAUAAAAUGAGGAAUAAAGCAAGGCUCAAAGAGUUGCUCCAGCAGUGUGACCAUGAAGAUUUAAUGGAACUGGUUCUACCACGUCUAACUAAGCUUGUAACUGUCUAUGAAUUUCUUCUCAUGAAGGUUGAAAAGAAUCACCCAGCAAAGCCUUUUUUCCCAGAUGUAUAUAAAGAAUUUGAAGAGUUGCAUAAGAUGGUUAAGAAAAUGUGUCAAGAUUACUUCAAUAACUCUGUUCUGAGUUCUCAGCAACCCCUGGAAAUAAAAAAUAAUGAGGUUGCUGAGUCACUAGGUAUUACAGAAGAGCUUCUACAGAAUGAAGAACUAAAAAAGAAUGAGAUUUCCCCCCAAAGUGCUGUUGAAGAAGGACUAGGUGAAGUUACUGGACAGAAAAGAGAAAAUGAGAUACUUGAAGUGCCGGUACCAGUCAAAAGAACCAGGAUAGAAAGUGGAUCCAAGAACAUGAAGGAUAAUUACGCUAGUCACAAUGGACUCCAGGAGAAAACCAUUCUUUUGUGUAGCCAAGUUAACACUGAAGGUUUGAAGCUCCAUCUUAAUAGGACCACUUCUCAGUCUUCAGAAAAAACUUAUAAUAUGGCAGUCGAUUUUGGAAGUCAAAUGUUACAGGAUGACCAGCUGCCUAAAGCAGUUGCUGAGGUAGAAGGCAAGAAUGAGCCACCUAAAGCAUUUGCUGAUGAAAGCAAGAAUGACCCUGCAAGUUCUGUCAUCCUGUACCAAGCUGUUAAAGGAACAACAACCUAUUCCCAGUUGGAAAAUCCAGGUAGCCUGCUUCAAGAACAAACAGAGUUGCUCCCUGAAUAUUCGGUUCAUGAUCACCCUUCUGACCAGAAUACUUCUGACAAAUCUGCCAUUUCUGAUUUCUGUUGUACUGUGUUAUCUGAAAAAGAUUCCUCUUGGUCUGGGCAUGAAAUUCAUAACAGAAGAGAGAAUGAGGAUUGUAAAUCUCAUCAGGAAUUUUUUAAUCCAGAGAAUGAGAUUCAUGAGCUAACAUCAAAGCCUGGAAAGAUUUUGUCAACAGAUGUGCCCACAGACAAUUCAUGCCAAACUUCUUUGGAAUCACAGCAUCACUCUUUACUAGAAGCAUCUAUAUCCACCGAGGGCAUACUUGAAAGUGCUUCUGAAAAUUUACAUCAAUUCCCUGAGUCAUUACAGGAUGUCCAGAUGGAACAGGAGAGUGCAAUUGCUGUAGAUGACACGUUGGCCUUUGAAAUUGCUAAUGAAAGCCAGGAAUUGAAUCAAGAACAAGAACAGAUUUUUAUUCAAACUUCAGAUGGGCUUAUCUUGUCUCAUCCAGGUACAGUUGUGUCUGAGGCUAAUGACAUUGUUAUAGUAACAGAUGUCGAUGGUAAUACAGUGCAUAUCAGUACAUCUGAUGGACUUCCUUUAGAAACAUUGGAAGCAUUACUGGCGGUAGAAAGAGAGCCAGAGUGAAAACAUUUUGAACUCUCAUAAUUAAUAGUAUCAGAACCAUAGUUUUACAUUUAUAUGUAAUUGUCUUAAGAGAUUUUUUGUUUCACCAAAUGUAUAUUUUUCUAAUGUGAAUAUUGAAACAGGUGGACCUUUUAACUUAUUUAUAAAGAAUUAUUUUGCUUCUACAAUGAAAUGUAUUUUUU